AUGUCCACCUCUGGAAACGCUUACGCAGAAAUUAAUGAAAAUUUCAAAGCAAUUGUACAGUUCGAAACAUUGUCAAUAGGUGAGUUAGAGAUUGCAGCGGAUGGAUUAAGAUCUUUAUUUCCAAACGAUCUAGACGACACCUUAAAUACUGAACUGUUGCAUUUAAAGUCUCAUUUGGCUGCCUUAGACCAAAAUGCAGUUCCACACACUCCAAUUGAUUUGUGUAAAUGGAUAAGAUUGAAUGACUUGCAGUGUGUAUAUCCAAAUGUAGACAUUGCACUUCGGAUGUACACUUUUACUCCUGCUACAAACUAUUCGGCCGAGCGAUCUUUUUCUUGUUUAAGGCGCGUUAAAAACUAUUUGCGUUCGACAAUGUCCGAAGAAAGAUGGGUCUUGAGAUUCGCUCCGAACAUCGCAAGUGAUGGAGAAGUAGUCAGAGAAGUAGCCAGUGCAAGAGAACAAGAUAUGGAGAUAUAUGAGAAAAGAAAGGGGCACGAGCAACUAGACGAGCAACAGAGUUAA